UCUCUAGCUAGCCAAUAAUAGCUUUGUUGAAGCAAUUGGCAAACCGCACCUCUGACGGUGCCUUCGGUUUUGCCAAGUUGCAUAUUCAAAUCUUGCAAUUUCUAUUGAAUUGCAAUUAGAGGAGAGGUCUUCUGAACGUUUGUGGGAGGGCCCUCUUCCUUUCAAGAACCAAUCAACAGUUUGUUGGUUGGAGAAGAAAAUUUAUAAGAGGUGCUUUUGACCACUGAUCUUCCUCACAAACAUUUGCUGUCCAGAUCCACUUUGGUGUAAGAAGGAAAAAGGCAGAAUGAAAGGAUCUGGCAGCAAAGGCAGAAUUACCAUGUGCUUGGUGCUAACGUUAUGCUUAGUGAUUGCAGUUUUGUUGGUAAUGGUGCUCUUAGCAUUUACAGUGUUCAGACCACACGAGCCUGUUAGCAGAGUGGACACCAUAAAGAUUGAAGACAUGAACCUUGGCAUGGACUUUUUUACCAUGAGUGUGAAUGUGAAUGUGACACUGGAUGUGGGUGUUUCAGUUGAAAACAGAAAUAAGUUUGGAUUUCAGUACCACAAUAGCUCUGCAGAACUCAAAUAUAAGGGGAUAUUGAUUGGAGAAGGCCCUAUACCAGAUGAAGAGAUAUCAGGGGGUGAGACCAAGGGAAUAAACUUGACACUCACUAUUAUGGCUGACCGUUUGGCCUCCAGCAAUGGGGUCACGAAAGACAUUACAUCAGGUUCAAUGCCCCUCAGCACCUUCGUGAGAAUGUUUGGCAUGGUCAAAGUCUUAGGCUUUAUCAAAUUCCAUGUGGCUUCCACCACAUCUUGUGAUUUCACCCUCAAUAUUACCAACAAAACAAUUGUGGACAAUAAGUGCUUAUCCAAGGCAAUACUUUCAGCUUGAUUUCAAUGUUAGGUUGAAGAAAACAAAAGAACAACAACUCAAUUCUGUAAUCUUUCAAACACUCACCUCUGCAGAGUUUCUCUCAAUCUCAGAUACCCUCAUGUGAAUUA